CCCCUCGCUGCCGCCGCCGCCGGGAGGACGCGCGGGCCCGGGGCGGAGCCCCAGCCCCUGCCCCGCCGCCCCUUCAGCACCAGUUGUCCCAAGUUCGUUCCUGCUGUCACGCAGCACGCCCCCUACUUCAAAGGGACGGCGGUUUUCAACGGAGAGUUCAAGGAAAUGAGCCUGGAUGACUUCAAGGGGAAGUAUCUGGUGCUCUUCUUCUACCCGCUGGAUUUCACUUUUGUGUGUCCAACAGAAAUUGUGGCUUUUAGUGACAAAGCCAAUGAAUUUCGUGAUGUGAACUGUGAAGUGGUUGCUGUGUCUGUGGAUUCUCACUUCUGUCAUCUGGCAUGGAUAAAUACCCCAAGGAAGAGUGGUGGUCUGGGCCACAUGAACAUCCCCCUCUUGUCAGAUCUAACAAAACAAAUCUCCCGAGAUUACGGCGUGCUGUUAGAAGGACCCGGUCUAGCGCUAAGAGGUCUCUUCAUCAUCGAUCCUAAUGGAAUCAUUAAGCAUCUGAGUGUCAAUGAUCUCCCGGUUGGCCGCAGUGUGGAGGAGACCCUUCGCUUGGUGAAGGCAUUCCAGUAUGUAGAAACUCAUGGAGAGGUUUGUCCAGCAAACUGGACUCCAGAAUCCCCCACGAUAAAGCCAACUCCAGAAGCUUCUAAAGAGUACUUUGAGAAGGUGCAUAAAUAGAUCAUCAAAUAUGCAGACGGAUGGCAGAGGAGGAGUCUGUUCCUGUUAGUUUAGACACCAUGUGCUGGAUUUACCAAGAAAGUAGCCAUGACUAUAAUAAAUGCAAGCUGUUAAAGUUUUUGUUCAGGUGGGGGGGAAAUACUGACAUUUUUGCUGGCUUGUUAAAUUCUCUAAAUUGAGUUCUGUAGGGUUUUUUUUCGAAGAGAUCACAUCGUAGUUUUGCAUAUCAUUGCAAUUGGCAGUUAUUCUGGCAUCUUUCACAUAUAGUAUGAAGUGUGUGUGCGAUGUGUCGUUUGUUUGUUUGUUUUUUUUUUUGUGGGGAUGGUGGAGUUUCUCUUGCUUGUUAUACAGUCCCUAAUUGGAAAUAGUACCAGGUUUAUUAUGUGCACAUGGGAAGGCCAGGAUAAACUCCUGUUCUGAGAAGGCUUGUACAGUGUGGAUGCUACAGGGAAACUUCUUAGAAUUGAUUCCUUUUUAAUUUGUGAAUGUCUGUGAGAAGGGAGAUGAGAAAUCAUUUUCUUUCCAUAAUUUAUGUUUUUGUCCCCAUAAAAUGCUUCCAAAAAUAAUUUUGGAAGUUGCAGUAACUUAGAACUGUCAGCCAAGAUGAUAUGAGUGUAAAAGCAAAUGGAUAGGAACAGAAACAUGAAGUACUGCACUCUGUUCAGAAACUGGCAAAUAUAUGAACUCUAAUUGUGGUAGAUUUACCAGAGCUUAACAACUUAACAUUUCAAAAAUAGUUGUCUGUUCACUUGAACUGUCUGCUCUGGACACGGCUUCCAAAUAUUGUACUGCUUGACAUGUAAUAAUGUAUCAAGACUCAUUGAGUCUUCCUGUAAUUUAAUAUGGCUUCUGAAAUCAUCUUGAGCAUAUUUUCUUAAACUAUGCAAACAUCAAUAAAUUAAAUCUUAAGAAA